AGCCGAAUAGUUGUGGUACGUGAAUCUGAUGGAACAUUGAGAAAAGCUAAUGCUGAUGAACGUCAUACCGUCAAUCAAAUAUAUUUCCCUCAGUUGGGAAGAGAAUUAAAACAUCCAGUAAUGUUUCAAGAUGAACAUUUGAAGGUAGUAAAAUGUAAAUAAAGUAAAAUAUAUAAAUUCUUAUACUGUUUUUUAUUAAAACAGCCUUUACUUGAAAAUGGUGAUUAUGAGUUCAUAUUAGAUCGUGCGUGUUGUCAAUUUGAACCGAAUGAUCAAAAUUAUCACCGUGUUGUAUUUACUACCUAUAAACAUGUAAACAAAACUAAAAAAUACCAGGUUUUAGAGUCAACAAGACAUUUGGGUCCAUUACUGUUUUAUUUGGCUUUCAACAAAAUGCCCGAUAACUUUUUAAUGUAUUGUCUACAAACUGAAAGGUAAGUUUAUCCAUUAUUUUGAUUUUAAACAAUUAAGAUAAAAUGACAUUACAUGUUAGGUUUCAAGAUGCUAUAUUGUUCAUUAACUUAUACACUAAAAUAAAUCAAGGUUUGGAAAUUGAAUUGGGAGAUUUAAAAGACCAAUUUAAAGUUAUAGAGGUAAUUUUGUUGUUAAAAUUUGUAAUUUGUUUUGUUUGAUGUUAUUAAAUAUAUAAAUACCUAUAUGUUUUAGGAUUUUAUAAAUACUGAAUGUACUGAAAAAGGAAACCUCGAAGAAGCCUUAAAAUAUUAUAUUAAUAUGAAUAGUGUAGAAGUAUCUAAAUCAAGUUAAAUUGUAUAAUUUAUGUUGUAUAAAAAUAUUACAAUUGAAAUGGACAAAAAGUGCACUCUGAGUCCUUGAAUUUAAUACUCAAUAAUAUUGUAAUGUAUAUAAAAUUAUUACCUAGUUUUCUUACAAUAAAAAUAAAAAUUAAAAAAAAAUAAUCACAGUAGUUAAUAUUAAUAUUUUAAAUGAUUAUCCAUCCUUUGCACAUCUAAAUCCUAAGUUUGAUGCAGAACUGUCUGGUGUGUUUUGACUUCGUGCUACACACCGAUAUCGGUAACAAUAGUUUUUGUGACAUAAGUAUGAUCCUCCUUUUUUAACUUUUUCUUUUCCGUCAGAAGGACCACUCUAAACAAUAAUAUUUGAUAAAUUAUUUUAUUUUAUUUUUCAAUGUGUUAAAAUUACACUAAAAAAAACUCACAGGAUUUACAAUAAAACUUCGAUCAUGAUGUAUAUUCCAAAAAUCAUUUGUCCAUUCCCAAACAUUUCCUACCAUAUUAUAGAGCCCAUAACCAUUUUCUGGAAAUGUAUUUACAGGAGCUGUUGUAGCCCAUCCAUCUUCUGCUGUAUUAUUAAAUGGAAAUUCACCUUGCCAAAUAUUUGUUCUAGAAUAAUUAAAUAAUUUUAAUUUAUUAAUUUGCAAUUAUAAUUUCAGGGAUUAUUUAAGAGUUUUAUCACAAAUCAAUUAUUUUCCCAUCUAAACAAUGAAGUAUUUAUACAGCAGCAAAUGUAUAUAUUACACGACACAGUAUUCUUAUUUUAAAAAUUGAACUAAAUUGAUUUAAAGACAAACACAUUUUUUGUGAAAUUUUAAUUAACUGGUUUGAUAUUUCAGUAUUAAACUUUGAGUAUAAAAUGACAGUUGAAUAUUUGAAGAUUUUUGUAUUUCACAUUAAAAUAAAAGUAUUGGAAAAUUGAACAUUUUCUUUAUAAUCUUUUAAUAUUAGGUAAAAAUAUUUCUUUAUCUUGAUUUUAUCAAGCUUCAAUUAAGUGCCAAGAUUUCUAGGGUUGUUUUAAGUAUUCUUCACAUUUUAAUUUUAAUAUGGAACAUUUUGUUACGACUGUAAGUUUAAGCUUGUCGGAAUGUAUGCUAUUAUUGAAUUUUUCGAUUAAUUAGGUGUUCUCAUGUCUAUAAUAUUCUAAAAAUCUAUGCUGGGAAGGCACAUCAAAAUUCAAAAUAGACUAUUGUACAAUUUACAACUUUUAGAUGAACCUCAAACAACAAUUGAUAUUAAAAAAAUAAAUCCCAGGUUCACAUACAUGACAAUAGAAAAAACCAUAAGAUCACUUGUAACAUUUGUUUAUGUAAUAUAUAACUAUUUAAGUCCCGUGUAUUUUAAAUAGAAAAAACCAACUGGUUUGAGAUAAAGUACUCUUAGUAAAAUGUUAUUUGCUGUAUUUACUUAAAUAAUAUUAAAUGACCUGUGCUUAUUAUUUGGAAGAAGUUUAUUUCCCCAAGGAUAGAGCCUGUCUUUAAGAUUACCCUUACAAGCUACUUCCCAUUCAGCUUCGGAUGGUAAUCUUUUUCCAGCCCAAGUACAAAAUGCUUUCGCAUCAUUCCAGGUAACGUGCACAACAGGAUGUAAUCCUCUAUCUAAAAAAAAAGUAUGUAUCAAAGAUUUUUAAUGAAAUAAGUAAACAUAAUAUUACCACGUACCUACCAUUGAUAUUAGAAUCUUUUCCUUCGGGAUGUUUCCAGUUGGCACCUUUAACUGGUACCCACCAAGGAGCGUCUUUAACGACUUGUGUUAUAGAUUUUAAUGUUUUUUUACUCAGAAAUAAUUGGAAUACAAAAGAAUCACCAAAUAUUUCUGCUUCAGUUCUGUAUUCUGUCUUCUCAACAAAAUUUUUAAAUUCUAAAUUGCUAACUUCAUAUUUAUCAAUAAAAUAAUCAUCCAAGAAGAUAUUACGGGAAGGGUGUUCACCAUCAGCAAUAAUUUCUGGUUUAUCGGUACCAAUAGUAAAAUUUUGUCCUUUGAUGAAAAUCAUUGAUUCUAGGGUUUCUGGUGGAUCUCCUGCUGAAGCCUCACAAACAUCAUUUUCAUUCAAAUCCAUUUUAACACGAUUCGUGUUGCAGCCACAAUCUGCAUUCGACGAGGUAACAAUACCCAUAAUAAUAAAAUAACAUAAUUUCAUCUCGAAAUUAAUAAUAACAUGUAGAUUAGAUUUAGUUAAUUUGUAUACCCAACUAAACUUUAUACAAUGCAAUCAAAAUAUACAAGUAAAACUAUUUUUUGAUCAAACCAUAUUCAAAUGUUUUACGGACGUGAACAGUGAAGUUAGGGAACUAUACCAGUUUUGAUAAGAAAUGAGUGACAUGAUAUUCGAAUUGCCUAUACCUCAGAUAUUAUAAGGAGUAAUACUGUGAAAACCGAAAGCCACCAACAGCCGUCAUU